GGACGUCAUCCUCAUGGUUUCGACUAUAAAUCGAGCAUGGUGGAGUCCCUUGCUUGCUACACGAACAGUCAGAUGCCUCUCUUCAAAUCACAGCCUGCCCAACCAGAGCCUGCCCCGGCCCCUCAAAAAGGCGGUCUAUUCUCUCGCAACCGCUCACCGACUCCUCCCCCACCCGCAACCACCAAUACUCACCGUGGCUUCUUCAGCCGUCGCCGAUCUUCCGAAGACUCCAGUCUGGAUGGCCGCAGUUCAGGGAGCGACCGUUUCUUAGCUCGUGGCGGCAGCGUUCGGAGUGGUGGGAGUGGCAGUUUCUUCAAUCGAAACAACAACCACCUCGAUGCAGUCCAUAGAGACCCCAAAAUUAUGGCCGCAAAAGCCAAAGUUGGACUCGCUGAAAAGGCGGAGGUUGAAGCUGACCGAGCCUUGUCCGCUGCCAGAACGAUGGUACGCGAGGCAAAAGAACACGUUCGCAUUUUGGAACGAGAGGCCGCAGAAGAACACAAGCGAGCCAAAGCCAAGCAGGCAGUCGCUAACGAUGUCAGUCGCACCGCUGCAUCCCUUGGACGACAUGGCAAUUGA